CCCAACCACGGACCAACGCUGGGGUACAGCCUAUUGCUUAGGAUCUAAUCAUCGUAAGGCCGCCCGAUGUGAUCAUGCUGACGGUCCCGGAUCGAAGAUGAGGUCAUGGCGGUGUUCCACGGUGGUCAAGUCAUCCACGCUAUACUCAGAUCGACGGGAGUCAAGAGGAAACAAGCCUGGGCAAGCUGUGCACUAGUUUCCUAUGAAGUCAUGUUAUCCAAAAAGCCGAGCGUUGUCGAUCUUAUUCUCUUGUGGACAGCACAUCGUGGCUCAGUCUUCCUGGGUCUUGUUGCGGAGGUCCUCCGUACUCCACGUUUGGUAAGAAAUAGGUCUCAAACUUAGAUGAUACUUGCCGUGAAUCCUUUCAAUGGUCUUCAGGGCUUCGGGACGACUGCCAGAACUGAUUGACUUCCGAAGACACUGUCAAUUG